AUGGAAUUGAUAUUAGACCAACAAGCAGUUGCUAUUAUUCGCCAAGCAUUUCAGUGCUGUGAUAUCGACGGAGAUGGAUUUAUAAGUAAAAAUGACUUAAAAAUUUCUUCUGGAAUAGAAGACGAGUCUGAUAUCGAGAAAAUAUUUUUUGCUAUUAAAGACUCAACUGACAACAAUCCUAUCACUUUUGAAGAAUUCAAAAAAGGGAUCAUGGAUUUUCCGUUCUUAUUAGAACAGUUUAAACAAGAAUACACAGAAAAACCGAAAAAAAAUAAAGUUAACGUCCCUAAACUAGUGAUAAAAAUUGACGAAGCUGAAGAAGAGUAUAUUUCUACAAGGGACAGCCCGACUUUUAUGUUACAAAACGUUUUCACGUAUUUUCAAAAUGCUGUGAGAGAAUUCUCGGAACAAAUAAGCGCCCCUGAGCCUAGUGGGAUUUCGAGAAGGAGUGAUAGCUUGGAUGAAUGUCGACGCUUGCUUAACAAUUUGUUAAGAAAACCUGAAUUAAGGCAGCCAAACCCUCAGAUUUCAGUAGUUAAUGGUGCUUUAUCACUGCUUGAUUAUAUAGAAUCAGAAAAAAGCAAGUUCCAAAAUCAAUUGGAGCAUUUGCAACGGUGCAUGAUUUUUUGAUAGUCAAACAUUGCUCAGAAAAUGGGCUCUUGCAUAAAAUUUACCUCUAAUAUCAGAUUUCAUUUUCAAAAAUUUAGGUAAAUUGUCUUAUAAUUUCCAAAAAGUAUAGAGACAUUUGCAAAAUGAAAUAAAUGACAAAAAAAUUGCAUUAAAAAAUUCAGAAGUAAAUAAUGAAAGGCUAAAAACGAGAAAUGAAGAAUUGCUAGAAAACUUGUCGAAGCUUGAAAGCGAAAAUAGCAGAAGAUACGAAGACCAUAUAACAGCUGUAAAAGAAAAAAAAUUGCUGCAAAACCAGCUAAGGAACAAUGAAGCUAAAGCAAAAAUGGAAAUUGGGAAUAUACAGAACGUGAUUGCAGAAAAAGAAAAAGCCAUAAAAAAUUUGGAAAAAGAAAUUAAUAGACUAAGAUCAUUUAAAACGCUACAGGAGCUGACGUAUCAUAAAGAUUUUUCGCCUGACCAAGUCAGGAAAAAUAGAAUAAGCACAUAUACCCCUAGAAAUGUGAUGACUUUUGUGUCACCGAUUGGGUCACCUAAAUAUACAAAAAAACAAAAAAAAUUCAAUUUGGAUGUGAUAGCUCCUAAUGAGCUGGAAAGAAAAACCAAGGAAUUUAGAGAAAAAGAAAUUGUUUAUAUUGGACAGAUUGAUAAGCUUACAAAAGAAUUAAGCGCUAUGAAAGAAAAAGAAGAAAAUAAAAAUUUUCCGAGCAAUUCACAAAGAAAUAGUUCGCUUCAUGAAGAUUUGGAGCUGCUAAAAGAUAUUCCUGGAAUUGAUGCAUUUUCAUUAAAUUCCAGUAAAAAUCCAAAUACCCCGACAUAUGUGAUAGAUGAAGACCAAAAAAUAAAAAAACGCAGAUGCUGCGGGCUUUUUUGGUAA